AUGCGAGCGGUACUGCCGGGGAAACCCCCAGCGAAGCUCCAGUCGUUCAGCACCGCGCUGUGGGACGGACUUCGAGUUAUUGCGUACAUAUCUGGCCAUGCACUGGUCAUCCUCGGCGGUCCGCAGAACCUCCUCCAAACGAUCUAUGUCGAUGACACCGACAAACUCGAAGCGGUAGCUUUCAACGAGGCAUCUGGGAAGAUUGCAGUCUGUGGUGGUCCAGAUAUCUUCAUCUACCAUCCGUGGGGUAUCAAGGGCGAAACACCCAAGUGGUCACUCGCCCAUACUUUUCGCGCCGACGAUGACGACGAACCUAUUAGUACAUUAUCGUGGGGCUCAUCGAAUGAGCUACUGGUCGGCAAUUCUCGCCUCGCCCUUUGGAUUUUGGAUGAAACACCACGGUUAGUAUGGAAAAAGAAACUCGCCGGGAAAGUGAAGUUUGCGCAAUUCUCCCCCGAUGCAGCUCUAGUCGUGACCGUGGGGCAAUAUGAUCGUCUGGCCAAAAUAUGGAGACGGUUGGCCUUUGGAGCGGACGAAGUGCGGUUUGAAGUAUCAUAUCUCCCUCACCCGCAUGUGAUUACAGGAAUUCAUUGGCGAUUGCCUUUCCACCGAGAGCAGUCCGCCGAUAAUGUUCUUUACACUCUAUGCGCGGACAAUAAAAUACGAAUUUGGGCUGUGACGGAUCAUAAUGCUCUUUCGGCAUUGCAAUUUUGGGCAGACAUUGACAUGGGGGCAUCUGUUCAACCUAGACACGCAUCGGAUCAAGACGAAGGAUCCAACAGACGCUAUGGAUUCAUUCUGGAUAGUCGAGAUUUCUGCGCUGCGACAGAGCGCGCCGUUGAACGGAACUCGGGCAACAAAGAAAACCAUGCAUUAGAACACCUCAUUGAAGUCGCCAACAAAAGCCCAGAGAUCUGCGUGGUGACUGACGGCCAAGGCCACUUAUCUGCGUGGGCCUUGGAGGACGUUGGAUCCAAAGCGAGAACAAACUUAAAUCUAUUUAAUGUUCUGCAUGUCGAGGGCGUUGAGUUUGGAUUUAUGCCAAACCUCAGAGUUCAAGAAGACUACGCGCAAAUGCAUGCGUUUCAAAGUAACACAUCCGAUGACAAAAUUAGUCUUGUUGUGCACCACUUUGAUGGCCGAAUUGAAUGGUAUGACUCGCAGGUGGAUGUUCUCUUUGAUCCUAUGCCUCGAAACAACCGUAUUGCACCCAGCGCAUCAUGGUCUGGGCAUACUGCACCUGUGAAAAAGAUUGUGAGAAAUGCGACCGGUGAUACACUUAUCUCAAGAACGGAUGAGGAUAAGGCAAUGAUCUGGAAGCAAACAAAUCGCGAGGGCAGCUCGAUGCUCGUGCACAAAAGCAUGUUGCUAUCUGAUGAACAUAUCCACCGGACUUGCAUGAUUGAGAAUACUGAUUUCCUCGUCAAUCUCCAUCACAAUGGGAUAUCCUUGUUUGACUUCAGCUCGUACCACUCCAAAAAGCUAGCACAUUUACCGUUCACCAUGUCAAGCAAGCCGCUGUGCGUUCUUCCACUUCCUACUCCAGACGGAAGUCCGGGUCGAGCGUAUGUGGCAACAAUCGGUGCUGAUAUGCACGGCAUAGCCUGGGAACUCCAAUGGAGCCCGCAAAAUGACCAAAGUGGUCUAGAACCUGGUCAGAAGGGUUGUGAAUUGCGCAGGUUUUGUGAAUUUGACAUGGGACUACGGGAAGACUUGGCCUACAUUCUACCUGUUGAUCCAGCAGGCCCCAAAGCCAAAACUUCAGGAUCGUUUGAUGUAUUUGCGCCUGAUAUUGCCCUUUCCUACACCCAAAGUGGCGUGCUACGUACCUGGACUGCCAAGGUCGAUCUUCAAAACUCCAAGGUAGAAUGGUUGCUGAAGUCAACAGUUGAAACUGGGAUCGACAACCCAUCAUUGGCUAGUGGAAGCACUAUUCGCAAGGCUGCACUUGUGGACAAAGAGAGAACUCAUUUGACCAUCUGGGACACGAACAAUGCCCAACUAGAAUUUGAGGAGCACUUCGCACAGCAUGAUAUUAUCAGAGACCUUGACUGGACUUCUACCCCAGACAUGCAAUCUAUCCUGGCAGUUGGUUUCCCUCAUAAGGUUAUCUUGCUUUCUCAACUUCGUUAUGACUACUUGGAUUCACAACCUUCCUGGACACAGGUCCGAGAAAUAUGGAUCCGAGACUUGACACCUUACCCAAUUGGCGACUCUUGCUGGCUCACAAAUGGUCACCUCAUAAUUGGCGCAGGUAAUCAACUAUUUAUCUACGACAAGGAAGUUGAUACUGCAAAUCACCUUAUAUCUGGUCUGCGAAUAGCUUCUCGAGGUCAGACGUCGGUUGACAUUUUUGAUGUUGUUGGUCGCUUGAAUGGUCCACUACCCGUUUUUCAUCCACAGUUCCUAGCGCAAUGCAUACUGGCGGGCAAGUCGGCCUUGGUCCAUUUUAUUCUGAUGAGCCUUCACCGAAAGUUGAAAUUUUAUACAGAUGGAGAUGGCUUGGAUGGGUUCUUGGAUCUGCCAAUACAAACCUUCUAUGACGAGCAAGAAGAAUCUCAAAAUGCGACUACACAAUUGAUGCGCUCAUCUUUUGUCGAUGCUUCGGGCGAAGAAGAAGAAUCAUCUGUUGUUGAUGAAAAUAUUGCAACAAUUCUCAAUGAGAACCUGGCACGUAUUGCACUGCCCCAACUUACGAGCCACGAGCAAUUUCGACUUGUGGAUACAAUCGAGUGUGUUGCAACCGUUGAAAAACACCGAAGAUCAAUGGAUGAUAAUGCGGCGCGUUAUUUUCUUUUCUUCCGACAGCACAUGCUGCGCAAGAGCCAAGGCGUAGCGAACAAAGACCGUGUCUCUUGGAGAGAAAUUGUUUGGGCGUUUCAUAGUGGCAGUCAGGAUAUCCUAACAGACCUUGUCUCACGUCAAUUCAACGGUAAAUUGACAUGGAAAGCUGCUCGGGAAAGUGGCCUCUUCAUGUGGCUGUCGGACUUGACAUCUCUGAAAGCUCAAAUGGAGUCCGUUGCUCGCAAUGAAUACACAAAGACGGAGGAAAGAAACCCCAUCGAUUGCUCUCUCUACUAUCUCGCCCUCGGGAAAAAGAAUAUCCUUCAGGGUCUUUGGAGAAUUGCCCAUUGGCAUCGUGAACAAGGUCCUACCCAGCGUUUACUUGCCAAUGACUUCAAAGAGCCGCGAUGGAAAACUUCGGCGUUGAAGAACGCUUAUGCACUACUUGGCAAACGACGAUUUGAAUAUGCUGCGACAUUUUUCCUAUUAGCCGAUCACCUACGUGAUGCGGCUAAUGUUGUCGCGAAUCAAAUGGGUGAUAUCCAACUUGCAAUUGCGAUUACACGUGCAUAUGAAGGAGACAAUGGUCCAGUUCUCAAGGAACUUCUAGAGGAAAGAGUCUUGCCUGAAGCUGCCUCCGAAGGUAACCGCUGGCAGGCCUCUUGGGCCUUCUGGAUGCUCGGAAGGCGAGAUAUGGCCGUUCGAGCUCUUAUCUCACCAAUUGAAACUCUUCUUUUACCCACCCCAGCCUCACCUGGAAGCCCAGGGCGAGUUACCCUGCAGGCUAAAUCGUAUCUCUCAAACGAUCCCGCCCUGGUUGUUCUCUAUCACCAACUUAGAGAAAAGACCUUGCAAACACUCAAAGGCGCCUCCCAAGUCCGUCCAGUGGAAGAGUGGGAAUUCGUCCUACGAAAUGCCAGACUCUAUGACCGCAUGGGAUGUGAUCUUCUUGCUCUCGAUUUGGUGCGCCACUGGGAGUUCCUUGGUGCGCCACCAACAUCGAAGACAAUACAAAACCAGCCCGUACUCGAGUUUCACGAGGAUGGCGUCGAUUACCGGAAGCUACUUCGCCGGCGAAGCAGUCUUGUCGUUGCCGAUAUGCCGAUCCGACUUUCCGAUUCCACAACUCUGUCUGUUGAUGCGAAAAUGAGUGAUGAAGCUGGAGCUUCUAAACCCCAAAAGCAGCAGAAACCAAAAGCGCCUCCUACAAUGUUUCAUGAACCUGAUACUAAUUCUUUACUGGAUAGUUUUGGGUUUUAA